AUGACAUCGGAGGAAACCGGCAAGCAUGAUUUCCACCGCGACGAGGUCCGUCCUCGGGAGCAGAUUCAGCAUCCCGCUCAAAAGGCCGGUACCCGGUACCAGUUCAUCAUUAGCGAGCGGUCGGUCACUUCUGGUGGCGCGGUUCUUUUUGUCCUCGGCUCCUGUCCGAACUUCACCGAGGCCGCAGCGGAUAUGGGCGCGAUGUCGGUCGAUGAGCUGGACCUGUGGCCUUCUAUUUCCAAGCUACAGUAUGCCGUGAUCCCGUGGGGCGGCUGCGAAGAUGGCUUGACCAUGAAUCUUGGGUUGUAUUUGUCUUGUAUUCUUGUUCGUCUGGCAGACGAGGAGAAUGAUCUCCUGCUUGAGUAUGAUGCAGUGCUCUCACACUCAACAUCGUAUAUCCGCAAGUACCCCUCUCACGGUCCACUUUAUGAUCUGGCUUCUCAUCUGCAUGCAAAGCACCAUUAGCCAUUGACGAGAGGGUGAAUUAUCACACCUACGCUCUUCUAUCCACAUGGUCACUUGAAUAAACCUUGACUUUGUACUCUACCUCAGUGUUUGUAGACCAG